CUCCGCUUCUGCAACUCUUAUAAAGCUCCACCUCUGAUCAAUCGCCAUUCAUAAGGCUCUCAACACUUCUCAUCUUCUCCUUCAUCGACUUCGUCUCUUUCCUGCAAUGGCGUUUUCUACCUCUCUAACGGCCGCCAGAUGGCUCUCUGUCCAACCGGCGCUCUUACCUAGCGCCGGCUGCCGGCGUCGGGUUUAUCUGAGAGCAAGUAGCCGUGAUGGGGAUCAGACGAUUGCGGUUAGGGAAGAUAAGAGUAGAUGGAGGAUUGAUUUCACAGGAGAGAAGCCGGAGACUCCGUUGUUGGAUACCAUCAACUUCCCCAUCCACAUGAAGAAUCUAUCAGUUCAUGAGUUGGAGCAGCUUGCCGCGGAACUGAGAGCUGAAAUAGUGUACACUGUGUCUAAAACUGGCGGGCACCUGAGCUCUAGUCUUGGAGUGGUGGAGCUUGCUGUGGCUAUUCAUCAUGUGUUCGAUGCUCCUGAUGACAGGAUCAUCUGGGAUGUUGGCCAUCAGGCAUAUCCGCAUAAAAUAUUGACAGGAAGGAGAUCAAGGAUGUUAACCAUAAGAAAGACAUCUGGGCUUGCUGGUUUUCCAAAAAGGGAAGAGAGCAUCUAUGAUGCUUUUGGGGUUGGCCAUAGCUCUACAAGCAUUUCUGCAGGACUUGGAAUGGCGGUCGCGAGGGAUUUGUUGGGCAAGCAGAACCAAGUCAUCUCUGUAAUUGGAGAUGGAGCUAUGACAGCCGGACAAGCUUACGAGGCUAUGAACAAUUCAGGGUUCUUGGAUUCCAAUCUUAUAAUUGUGCUUAAUGAUAACCGGCAAGUAUCUUUGCCGACGGCCACACUCGAUGGGCCUGCAACUCCUGUGGGAGCUCUCAGCAGAGCCCUCUCCAAGCUUCAGGCUAGCACCAAGUUGCGAAAACUCAGGGAAGCGGCAAAGAGCAUCACAAAGCAGAUUGGAGGACAUGCACAUGAAGUUGCAGCGAAAGUGGAUGAGUAUGCAAGAGGGAUGAUUAGCGCGUCAGGAUCUUCACUGUUUGAGGAGCUUGGAUUGUAUUACAUAGGACCCGUCAAUGGCCAUAACAUCGAUGAUUUGGUGACAAUAUUCGAGAAGGUGAAGUCUAUGCCUGCUCCUGGUCCAGUUCUCGUCCAUGUUGUUACAGAGAAAGGAAAAGGAUACCCCCCUGCCGAGGCUGCCGCUGAUAAGAUGCACGGUGUUGUUAAGUUUGAUGCAAAGACAGGGAAACAAGCCAAGCCAAAGCAGGCCACUCUUUCAUACACUCAAUACUUUGCAGAUUCACUUAUAAGAGAAGCUGAAGAGGAUAGUAAGAUUGUGGCCAUCCAUGCUGCUAUGGGAGGAGGAACAGGACUUAAUUAUUUUCAGAAGAAGUUUCCUGAAAGAUGCUUUGAUGUUGGAAUUGCAGAACAGCAUGCUGUGACUUUUGCUGCAGGUCUAGCCACUGAAGGUCUCAAGCCUUUCUGUGCUAUAUAUUCAUCUUUCCUUCAACGAGGCUACGACCAGGUGGUGCAUGAUGUAGAUUUACAGAAGCUACCCGUGCGCUUCGCGAUGGACCGAGCGGGACUUGUCGGUGCUGACGGACCAACACAUUGCGGAGCAUUCGACAUCGCAUACAUGGCAUGCUUGCCAAACAUGAUUGUGAUGGCCCCAGCUGAUGAAGCUGAGCUGAUGCAUAUGGUUGCAACAGCAGCGGCCAUAGAUGACAGACCAAGCUGUUUCAGAUUUCCAAGAGGGAAUGGAGUUGGAGUUCCCCUUCCUACUAGAAACAAAGGCACUCCUCUUGAGAUUGGAAAGGGGAGAAUUCUUGUCGAAGGAACUCGAAUUGCGAUUCUUGGAUAUGGAUCCAUUGUUCAGAACUGUUUGAAGGCUGCAAAGAGCUUAAAAGAUCAUAAUGUUUCAAUUACUGUGGCUGAUGCUCGAUUUUGUAAGCCUCUUGAUGUGGAUCUCAUAAGAAGACUGGCAAAUGAGCAUGAGUUUCUGAUCACAGCUGAAGAAGGUUCUAUUGGAGGUUUUGGAUCUCAUGUUACUCAUUUCUUAAGCUUGGAUGGCCUCCUUGAUGGGCAUCUCAAGUUGAGAUCAUUGGUUCUUCCUGAUAGAUACAUAGACCAUGGAGCCCCACAGGAUCAGAUUGAUGAAGCAGGGCUCUCUUCGAACCAUAUCGCAGCGACGGUUCUGUCCCUCUUAGGGAGGCCAAAGGAAGCUUUGCAAUUAAAGUGAAGUGUGGGAAAUUUAAAAAUGAGGAAAGAAUGAAGAACCAAACGGUCUGAUUCUGUACUCUUAUUGGUCCCAAAAGAGACAUCAAACUCUCCCAAGGCUUUUGGUUCUUCUAUCUUCCAUUGGUGAAGAUAUUGGGAGACGCAAUAUAGGGUGUUUUCUUUGUUGUUUUAUUUCUGUAUCUGUUCUUAUGUUAGUUGGGAUCAGUACAAGCCUUCUUAUUUGUAUAUUCUUCAUUUGUCUUCUUGCAUUGUUCUUAAGACUUUGUAGAUAGUUAGUAUAUGGGAAAGUUCCUUCAACUUGGAAUCAUUCUUACUUCCAAUGCUAUCAUGUUUUCUGUUUUGUUUUUUUAA